CCGGAAGCCGCCGGCCGAGCCUGCCCCACUGCGCGGCGGUGCGCAAAGGAGGGCGCGACGGCGGUGUGGCUCCUUCAUGGCGCUCAACCUGAGCCGGAAUGGGCCGGCGCUGCAGGAGGCCUAUGGCCGAGUGGUGGCCUCCGGGAGCCGCACGGACUGGGCUCUGUUUACAUAUGAGGGUAACAGCAAUGACCUCAGGGUGGCAGGGACUGGAGAUGGUGGUCUGGAGGAGAUGGUGGAGGAACUCAAUAGUGGAAAAGUAAUGUAUGCAUUCUGCCGAGUGAAAGACCCCAAUUCUGGUUUGCCGAAAUAUGUGCUCAUUAACUGGUUUGGUGAAGGCGUGAAUGACGUAAGAAAAGGAGCCUGCGCCAACCACGUCAGUUCAGUGGUCAACUUUUUGAAGGUAUUAUCUGAGUUUUAUUCUCUCUUAGCCUUUUGCAGUGGAGUAUCCUCCCAUAUACACAGCUCUGCAGGUUUUUUGUGAGUAAAAAAACGGCAUUGAAAGUACACGCGCCCAAACACUCCUUCGAUAAUAUAGGUAGUCCUUGACUUAUGACCACAC